GCCGUCCUCAGUAAAUCUACAGUACAGUCAGUUCUCGCACAUGAUCCUGAAUGAUCGGAAAAUUUCUUUGCAGUCGCUUCGUCCCAUCAGCCUGGAGUGAGCUGAUUGCGGGCAGUGCUUGGUGAGGAGGUAUCGUGUCCUUUCCGAAGUUCAUCAGGAGUCGGGAGCUGCCUGCGGCUGCAGCAUAAUGACUUCCAAAAUGCGCCACAUUUGUGCGUUGCUGCUGGUGAUGCCGUGCCUAGCUUGGGCGCAACCAUUUCCUACCCUACCUACGUCGUUCGUGGCCGAGGUGGAGGUCAACAAUCUGAAUCUGGGACGCACGAGUCAUGUCUCGCAGCUCUUCGACGGCUUUGCACAAAAGUCACGCCUGGAGGUCCUGCGUAACGGCACUAGCCAAUCGGUCAUAGAUCAUAUCCAGAGUGAUAUCCGCUAUAUAUCGGAUAGAACCCUGAGAACGUGCCAAGCCCAAAAGUACACGCAGAGAAAUCGGCUUACCAAUGGAUUCGGCAGAGAUCCGCAUCUAUUAACUGUGAAUGACUUCUACGAGUUUGGAAGCAUGUAUCAUCGGAGUUAUGGCGGCGUGGCCACAGUAAGAGGAAUCAUAUGUGACCGUUACAUCGGCAGCUAUACAAACUGGACGAAUGGGGUGUACACAAGUUAUAGCAUGCAGUGGUACUUUGCCAGGCAGAGCAACUGGACCAUGCCGGCCGGAGAUGUGGGUAGCACGGCCAUUCCGGUUCGACUUGACCUCGUGGGGGCCACGAACAGCAGUCGGGGACCUCCAGUGACGCCCACACCGCAGCAACAACCACUUUACAGAUUCCACGAUGUGUACGACUUCAUGAAGUUCUUACCAGACGAUGCUGCUCAAUCAGAGUUAUUUGGGGCAGGAUACAAUCCACCGGGUGGCAUUCUGUGUACUGGCGUUCCACAGAUCUAUGAUCUGCCCACGCUUCCCGACCAGUUUUACUACUCAUCCUUUUCCUCCAGCGCUUAUGAAGUAUCGUACGUGUCGAAUUAUGCGUAUGACUCGGUGCGGGGCGAGACGGCGGUGACCUAUGACAUUGAGUUCUCCAACAACGGCACCAACCUGACUGGUACGACGUACGGUGGGCUGCAUCACGUUAUUCACAACUUCCGCCAGGGGACCCAGUACAACAUAACCCCACAGGCAUGCUCUACGGAGACGCUGACCAGCAUCGUGGGUACACCGCAGGCAAGGGACGUAUCCCAGUAUCAUGGCCACGCCAAACUGCAGUCCGGCAAUCAGGUUUUCCAAUUCUCACCCGAAGCAAACUUCACCUACCAAGGGUCUCGGUCGAUUCUUGGCUACCAACUAGACCUCUGGUCAACUAUUCGAAAUGACGUCCAGCUGGACUCAUCACUGCCAAAAAACCAGAAGUCACUGUGGCAGUACUUUUUCAGCCCUUUGCUGUACAAGGUCAACACUCUCAAUGGAUUACUAACUCACACAAGGGUUCCAAUCGAGAUCCAUAUCUUCAGCUUGGAGCCAGACAGCAAAGUUCCGCCGAUUUUCCAAUUAACCGGAUCCUACUAUGUAGGGCCAGCUCCAGCGCGGCUCUUCGACACGUCGAGCUGCUUCACGGCCUCACAGCAGUCGACGGCCAUGUUUGCACUCAACACGCCGUACAGCAACUCACGCGCCAUUCGAAUGGCCGUCAUGAAGGCUCUCUCUUCGACCUUGGGACUGGAGACGGACCGAUUUCAAGCUACGAUCUUCCCCGGCGAAGGCAACUUACUGAAUGUGCUCGUCACUGCAGAGGAUCUACCGACGGUAGGUGAUCCAUCGCUGCUGUCCUCGCUGCCGACAUUGAGCGCGGCCAUGAAGAAGCUGAGCGACGCGAUCAAAGGCGGCACAUUCUCCGUUAGCUUGCCUGCGACGGGAAGUGUGUUGGCGAAGAGCAGCUCGUUCACGGCCUCAACAGAGUCUGAGCCCACUACGUACUCAGCAGCGGAACUGGCUGGCCUUGCUGUCGGCGUUCUUGUUCUUGGCUUCAUCUGCGGCGUGCUUCUUGUGCACGUGGUACUGCGUGUGAAAGGCAAGAAGUAGACACAAUGAAAUUGUUUGGUCUCCAGCUUUCUCUCAGGCCAAGACAAAUGUUGCUCAUAUCGGAUGCUGUUCACCAUCGUUCACCAUUCCAUAUCAUCCUAAGGCAAAAGGGAAAAAGAGCUUCCAUGUGUUGAUGCGGAGUGAAUGCUGAACACUUAUGUGGCACUUUGCCGGUAAAUUUCCUUUUGAAAUAGGCCUUUUGUAAACUUCAUCUUGAUAGGAAGCUGCUCAACAUAAUUUCCGCCUUUGUACAAAGUAUGUAAUUAUCUUUGAUUAUUUUAAUGAAAUGCUAUCAACUGGCUGUUGUUACGAUCA